ACUUUAAAAAGAGAAAAAAAAAGAAGGAAACAAUUAACAAUGAUUCUUGACAGGGAAUUUGUUAAUGUGUUAAUAUUGAGUUGGGGGUUUAUGUUCACGUUUUCUGCGUUUCUUACAACAAGUAAUAUACAGAAAACAGUUCUCGACAGCGUAUCGAAUGAGGAUCCAAAUUUCACUGGGGAUGGCUACAUUAGUUUGGCCAUUGUUUACGCAGUUCUCAGUGUAUGCACAUUUUUUGCGCCGUCCUACGCUCAGGAAAUAAGUCCACGCUUAUCAAUAUUCACAGGAUCAUUGUGUUAUGCAUUUUUUGUCGCCACAUUUCUUUGGCCACAAACAUUUUUACUUUAUUUCGCCUCGGCAAUACAGGGACUUGGCUCAUCGUUAAUGUGGGUCGGUCAUGGACGUUAUAUUACGGAGAAUAGUAAUUCAGAGACAAUUGCUCGUAAUUCGGGUAUAUUCUGGGCAAUCUAUCAACUCUCACUUGUCAUUGGUAAUCUCUCGGUUUACUGUUUAUUUAACACCAAGACAUAUGAUAAACAAACGAGAAGAUUGAUGUUCAUUAUUCUCACGGUGCUGGCAAUUAUUGGUACACUGAUAUUGGCAACAUUGAGAAAGCCACAUACAAGAACAUUGAGGGAGAUUUGCGAGAAGAAUUUAAAGGAGAAAAAUGAAACAAUUAGAAUUAAACGACAGACAUUAAUUGUUGCCUGGGAGAGGAUGAGACGAUUUUUGUGUCUUAUUGCCACAAGGCAAAUGAUAAUGUUGAUAGUGAUAUUUAUGUAUAGUGGUCUUGUACUUGCUUUUUAUUCGGGUGUUUAUACAGCGAGUUUUGGUUUCACAGUGAAAAUGGGUGAAUUGAGAAAGAAAUAUGCCAGUCUUGUGGGAAUAUGUUUGGGAAUUGGAGAAGUGACAGCGGGAAUUAUUUGUGGACCAUUAGCAUCGACAAUUAAAAUUCGUUCACGUUGGUUGAUCCUGGUUAUUGGAUCUAUUGUUCACGCAUUUUCUUAUGUGACCAUUUUUUUGAAUCUUCCAAACACAUCGCCAUUCACGGAUACUGAAGACAUUGGUUUUAUAUCGCCUUCAAUGUCGUUAGCCAUGAUUGGUGCCGUUGGUCUUGGCUUUGGUGAUGCCUUUUUAAAUACACAGAUUAUUGCUCUUCUUGGCACAAUUUAUGUAAAUGAUACCGAAUUUGUAUUUUCGAUGUAUCUCUUCUUUCAAUCGGUAGCAGUGACAUUGAGCUUUUUUUACAGUAAUUACUUUGGACUUUAUUUACAUUUAGGUAUAUUGAUUGUGAUGGGAAUACUUGGUACUAUUGCAUUUGUGUUAGUUGAUUUAAAACAUAAUACAGACAACAGUAAACAUACAAACAAUAUCAACAACAACAACAAUAAUAAUGUUUUGCCAGUUAAUCAUGAAAAUAUAACUGCCGAAAAUCCAGUCGAAUUGGAAAGUGCAAAACGAUAGUGCAAUAGUUUUUUUUUUCUUUUUGUUUUUUAAUGUCAGAUAUUAUUAUAAUAUUUAACAGUCGUACGUUUAGAGAAUAUAUGUCAGAAUUUUUUUUUUUUUUAUUUAUUAUGUGUAAAUAGAAACUAAGCUAAGAGGUAUGUUUGUUAUUUUUAAAUAUUGCUUAUACGCCUACUUUGAAAUGUUAAAUAUAUUUUUGCAGUACCUGAAAUUCAGAGAUUGAUGGGUCGAAUUCUAGUGGAAUAUUUUAUCUUUAUAAUUAAAAUUUUUAUUUUUUAAUUAUCUUUUUUUAUUUUUUUCCCUUUUUGAAAGCAUGAAGUCUAAAUGUUAUUAUGCCAAGAGAAAAAUUUUAUUCGAACCAAA